AUGUCCCUAAUUCCGGGAGGAAAGAAGACAGCUGUAAAUCAGAACAACGUAUGCCGCAUACAUACAGUCUUCGAGGAUGGCUCUGAAUGCAUUGAAGAAUUUGCGGCAGAUACCCAACUUCUUCUUCUCCGAAAGUGGCGGCGCAGAACGAACUUGGGCCGCGAGAUGUCAUGGGAGAUAGAGGUUGGAGAGGUUGCUGAAGCUAGUUCAACAGAGGUGGUUGCUGGGAUGUACGCUUCCAAGUCUACUCCAACGGUUUCUAGACUAGACAGUGAGACGGCAUUUGUCUUUAAGAUAACGAAUCUACCUGGCCCAGAGAGUAACUAUUUUCUCACAGUAGAAAAUGAUGAGCUCCUGCUAAAAACACAGAACAAGAAGUACUUCAAGCGUCUGGUUAUUCAAGACUUACGCCGUGCCAAGUUGCCUCACCUGGCCAAUCUCGCCAAGCUGAAGCUCCAGAACAACACCCUCAUCAUAGCAUACACAAAACCUCCAGACAUCCGCAGCGCAGAGAAAGCCGCUGCCGAAGCUCGCCGCACGAGCCUCAAGAAGGACGGCGACGUCCAGUGCCCUUCCCAAUGA